AUGUCUCAGGUUAUGUGCCGAAUCUCAAAGCUUUCAUCAGCCCUGAACCAUUUCCUCUGUUUCCGACGGUCGGAAUUCUCAACGGCCACGGCAGCUGCAACACCUUAUCUCCUCCUCGGCAACUUCAACCUCUACGAUCCGAGGAAGCAAGAGCAAGUGAAGAUCGAAAACAAGAUUCUACCGAAGGAUGUCUACAAAUCUCACAAGAUGGGAUCAUCAAGAGGAUGGUUAGCUUCGAUGAACAAGAAAGAUUCAACAGUGCGUCUCGCUAACAUCUUAAACCCUUCCAAGAAUUUCAUAUCUCUGCCUCCAAUAACCAGAGACAAAUAUGAACAUGCUGUUAAUGUCUCUGUCUCAUCUCCAAAUGAAGAAGACUGUGUGGUCGCCGUCAAGUUUUACGGGUCACGAGUCAGUCUUUGUCGAUCUGGUGACUCGGAGUGGACUCGCAUCGACGUGCCUUGUCCAUCUUUUUUCUCUUCUACUGUCAUGUACUCGGAGAGAGACAUGAGAUUUUACUUGAACAAUUGUAACCCUGACUACACCGGUCCAACCGAUUUCACACCUAAAACCGGUUUAAUCACUCCGGUUAGUGGCUACAUGAGGUUCCCCUUCUCUGACUUUCUAGAAGAAAUGCCAGAGUCGGACAACGAAAUGCGUCUUUCUCGUUUUAAGAUUCAACAGCAACUCGUCGAGUCAUCUUCAGGCCAAUCCUUCAUCGUUCUAUGGUUUGUGGAGAGAUUCACGGACAAAGGAGAAGUUGCACCAUGGGGAGACACACGUUACAAGAACAGCAAAGACCUUUGCAAGAAGACCAACAAGAUCAUGGUGUUUAGGCAAGACGAAGAGCAAGGGGUUGGUCCUUACACUGAUGACAUUGGUGAUCUUUGCAUUUUCUUGGGCGACAAUGAAUCCUUUUGUCUCUCUGCUAAGGAGUUCCCUGGUCUUAAACCUAACUCGGUUUACUUUGCCGGCCAUGGUUCUGGUUUUGGCAUAUGUGAUCUCGCCUCUCGCACUAUCCACUAUCUCUCCGACGCUACUCCACCACCUGGUCGCAUGUUUUGGCUUCCUCCCACAGUAUCCCAAUAG